UGGGGUCGCAUUUAUCAAUUAUUACGUUCCCCAAUCAAUCAUUAGCUAAAGUCUCAAGAAAAUUAUUGCACCUCUUUCUCUCGAAGAAAGCAAACUCAUCCAUUUUAACAAGUCUUUCUGUGUGCUUGAAUGCAAAUGGCUUCCACAAAACCCAUCAAUACUAAAGAGAUUGUUGCAGAGAUACCAACCUAUAUCCGAGUCUUCAGUGAUGGCACAGUGGAACGCCCACGACAAGCACCAUUUGUUCCAGCCUUGCUUGAUGACCCACGAACAGGAAUCUCAUCCAAAGACAUAGUCAUCUCACACGACCCCUCAAUCUCUGCUCGUCUUUUCCUUCCAAAAUUCACUACUUUCAGUGACCAAGAUCAAGUUCAGAAGGUUCCCAUCUUGGUCUACUUUCACGGUGGUGGGUUCUUCUUUGAAUCUGCUUUCUCUCAGCUCUACCAUGACCAUUUCAACACCUUUGUUUCCCAAACAAACGUUAUUGUGGUUUCUGUGGAGUACAGGCUUGCUCCAGAACACCCUCUCCCAGCAUGUUACCAUGAUUGCUGGGCUGCACUUCAAUGGGUAGCAUCCAAUUCUGCAAAGAACCACACCAAUGCAGAGCCAUGGUUGAUUCAACAUGGUGAUUUCAACAGAAUUUUUAUAGGGGGUGACAGUGCAGGUGGUAAUAUUGUGCAUAACAUUGCCAUGCGUGCUGGGACUGAGGCUUUACCUUGUGGUGUCAAAAUAUUAGGAGCUAUUUUGUCCCACCCUUAUUUCUGUAGCUCAGACCCAAUUGGACCAGAACUUGUUACAAGGCCUGAAGAGAACUUAAGUUAUUUGAUUUGGAACUUUGUGUACCCUUCUGCACCUGGUGGCAUUGAUAACCCCAUGGUUAACCCCGUGGCACCUGGGGCUCCAAGCUUGGCUUUACUUGGGUGUUCCAAGAUCAUUGUCUGUGUUGCUGGCAAGGAUAACGUAAGAGAUAGAGGGGUUUGGUACUAUGAGAUUGUCAAGAAGAGUGGGUGGCAAGGGAAACUGGAACUGUUUGAAGAGACUGAAGAGGAUCAUGUUUAUCAUAUCUUCCAUCCAGAGUCUGCAAAUGCCACGAAAUUGAUCAAGCGAUUGGCCUCGUUUCUCCAUGAUUCCCUUCCUUCAAUGGCUUCUACAACUACCUCUAAAGAGAUAGACAGAGAGCUUCCCCCUCUUCUCCGUGUCUACAAAGACGGAACCGUUGAACGCUUCCUUGGCUCUUCCUUCGUGCCACCCACCCCUCAAGACCCUGAAACAGGUGUCUCAUCAAAAGACAUAGUCAUCUCCCAAAACCCCUCCAUCUCUGCACGCGUAUACCUCCCAAAACUAAGCACCCCAGAAAACAAAAAGCUUCCAAUCUUGGUCUAUUACCAUGGUGGCGCGUUUUGCCUUGAAUCUGCCUUCUCCUUCCUCCACCAACGCUACCUCAACAUCGUAGCUUCACAAGCGAACGUUCUAGUGGUUUCUGUGGAGUAUAGGUUGGCACCAGAACACCCUCUUCCUGCAGCAUAUGAAGAUGGUUGGGAUGCUCUCAAAUGGGUAACCUCUCAUUCAACCAACAACGUCAACAACAGUGAGGCAUGGUUGAUAAACCAUGGUGAUUUCAACAGGUUUUACAUAGGGGGUGACACUGCAGGUGCAAAUAUUGCACACUAUGCUGCACUUCGUGUUGGUGGAGGGGUUGAAACCUUACCUGGGGGUGUGAAAAUAGCGGGUGCACUUCUUGCUUUUCCUUUGUUUUGGGGUUCGAAGCCAAUUUUGUCAGAACCUGUGGAGGGGCAUGAAGAGAGUUCACCCAUGCAAGUGUGGAACUUUGUGUACCCUGAUGCACCUGGUGGCAUAGAUAACCCUUUGAUUAAUCCUUUGGCUUCUGGGGCUCCUAGUUUGGCUACCUUUGGUUGCCCCAGGAUUCUGAUUUUUGUUGCGGGUAAGGAUGAUCUUAGAGAUAGAGGGAUUUGGUACUAUGAUGCUGUGAAGCAAAGUGGGUGGCAAGGGGAGGUUGAACUUGUUCAUGUGGAAGGAGAGGAACAUUGCUUUCAGAUUUACCAUCCUGAAACUCAGAAUUCUAAAAACAUGAUUGCUCGUAUGGCUUCUUUCCUUGUUUGAAUAUGUGAUUCGUGUUGUUUCUGUACUUUUUUCUUAUGUCUGUGAGAAAUUGAUGGAUUAGGAAUUGCCGGUGGGAA